AACGCUGAGGACAGAGUGAAGGAGACACAGUAAACAUGGCUCUCCAACAGUCGGUCUGUGUCUUAACCGUCACAAUCCUUCUCCUGUGCACAGGAUGUCGAUCAGCAUUGACCUGUGGCCAGGCUCCCAUCAACACCAGGAUCAUAGGCGGUCAAACUGCGACUCCAGGAGAUUGGCCCUGGCAGGUUUCUUUGGUCUCGUUUGGAAGACACAGAUGUGGGGGGUCACUGAUUAACAACCAGUGGGUGAUGACAGCUGCACACUGCAUCUCAGGGUCGGGAAGUGAUGUAACAGUUUACCUGGGCCGCUCAACCCAGUCAGGUCCAAACCCCAAUGAAGUGUCACGGACGAUCGCUCAGGCCAAGUGCCAUCCGUCAUACAGCACCGUAACCAACGAGAACGACAUAUGUCUCCUGAAGCUGUCGUCACCUGUGAACUUUACCGACUACAUACAACCUGUUUGUUUGGCCGCUGCCAACAGCAUCCUUCACUCUGGGGUCAGCACCUGGGUCGCUGGUUGGGGCAACACUCGCCCUAAUGGGGGGAGCGCCUCCGACACCCUGCAGGAGGCUAAUCUGGAUAUAGUGGGAAACGAAGAGUGUCAGCGCAACAGCAUAUUUGACAUCACAGACAAGAUGAUCUGCGCUUGGGUCCAAGCGGGCGGAAUUGACUCAUGUCAGGGAGACUCAGGGGGUGGACUGGUGACAAAGGUUGGUUCAGGCUGGGCCGUGGUUGGAAUCGUGAGUUUUGGUGACGGCUGCGCUAAGCCCAACGUCCCGGGGAUCUACACCCGCGUGUCCCAGUACAUGGAAUGGAUCAGCAACAUCACCGGCAGUGACGAGCUAGGCUUUGUUAACGUUUCCUCCACCGGAGUCGUCAAAGACUCAAACUUUACCAGUUCAACCACAGCACCACCAACCGCUUCCUCUACCCAAACAGUCUUCACCAAUCACACCCGCCCCUCAACCAUGCCUGGAACUGUCACCCACCCCUCAACAAUGCCCGUAAACUUCACCCACCCUCACACCCGCCCCUCAACCAUACCCGUUAACUUCACCCACCCCUCAACAAUGCCCAUAAACUUCACCCACCCCACAACCAUGCCUGUAAACUUCACCCACCCUCACACCCGCCCCACAACCAUGCCCGUAAACUUCACCCAUCCUCACACCCGCCCCUCAACUAUGCCCGUAAACUUCACCCACCCUCACACCCGCCCCUCAACUAUGCCCGUAAACGUCACCCACCCCUCAACCAUGCCCGUAAACUUCACCCAUCCUCACACCCGCCCCUCAACUAUGCCCGUAAACUUCACCCACCCCUCAACCAUGCCCGUUAACUUCACCCACCCCUCAACCAUGCCCGUAAACUUCACCCACCCUCACACCCGCCCCACAACCAUGCCCGUAAACUUCACCCACCCUCACACCCGCCCCACAACCAUGCCCGUAAACUUCACCCACCCUCACACCCGCCCCACAACCAUGCCCGUAAACUUCACCCAUCCUCACACCCUGCCCUCAACCAUGCCCAUAAACUUUACCCACCCUCACACCCGCCCCUCAACCAUGCCCGUUAACUUCACCCACCCCUCAACCAUGCCCGUAAACUUCACCCACCCUCACACCCGCCCCACAACCAUGCCCGUAAACUUCACCCAUCCUCACACCCUGCCCUCAACCAUGCCCAUAAACUUUACCCACCCUCACACCCGCCCCUCAACCAUGCCUGUAAACUUCACUCAUCCCCCAACCACAGACCAUCUCACAACCGACGAUAAGAGCAUUUUUUGCGCUAGUGAAAAUCUGAUCCACUUCACUCACUUCACCUCACUCUGGGUCCUUGCUCUAUCGCUCUAUGUAUUGGUCGGUCAUGCAUAACAUGGAAAUGCGACACUACUGCACAUAAUUAAAUACAUUACUACACUGUGUGAUGUCUGUCUUGACUUGAAGAUCCUUGAAUACAAUUUUGAAACGACAAUUUAGUAGCAUUUAAAUGGCACUCGCUUAUAGCACUUUGUAGUUUAGCUUUUUUUGAAGAAAUUGUACUUUCUUGAUUCUUGUUGUUCUGGGUUUGUACCCUCGGGUUUGAAUGCACUUAUUGUAAGUCAGUUUGGAUAAAAGCGUCAGAUAAAUGUAAUGUAAUGAUGACGUCCUGCCUAACAUUUGAUGAUGAUGAUGAAAUUAUACAAGCUCUAGGUUGGAGUCCUGCAGACACAUCUUUAAAAAUGUGUUUUCCAACUCCUCUUCUUUGUGACUGACACUGAUCAUAUGGAGAAUCAUCUUCUGAUCAAUAUAAGCUUUGGAAUGUCUCAAUAUAACUUGCAGAGAUAUUUUUGAAUGUUUUUUUGUUUUUCAGAGGUUAUAUUUGUUCAUCUUUAUCUGAUCAGAUCUAAUAGUCAAUCAAGAAAUAAUGUGUUUGUUAAAAAUCUGUCCGUGUGUUGAGUAAUUUAUGCUGAUGCUGAUUCACAGGGUAAAUAAACUGAAACUUUUCUCAUGGAACGUGAAGUCAUGUUAAUCACAAACUGUUUGACUGUUUGAAUAAAAUGGAAGUUGAUUGGUCAAACCUGUGUUGUUGUUGGGACAGGGAGCGUACAAAGGCUUUUAUGAUGAAAC